AAUUCUCGAACUUGCGUUAGCGCUCGCAUAUCGAGGCGGGAAGAAGAAUAAUCGGAAAAAAAUCUCUGAUGGAGGAGCGCGUUUGGGCCGCCUAAGGUGAGGUUCGCUCUCGCGUUCCUCACCGGCGGCGCCAGGUGUUUACGGUGCAUACGAGCAAGCGAAUAAACGAAUACACGAGAAAAGAAGAAGGAACGAAAGAGCGUACGGUGUGCGCGUAAAAUAGCCGCAUUGAAUUGCAUUGUAUCAACAGGUAGAUCGGCGGUAUGCGUGGGACGACGUCGUACGUAUGACGUUUCUCAUAGCGCCUGGAUUUGCGAAAGAUGCGAUGCGCGAGCAAGCGUCGCGACGAAACGGCACGACGACGAAGACGACGACGACGACGACGGCGACGAGGAGUUUUAUUAAAGAACGACAAACGGCCGAUCGGCAUUAGAAGAGAACGGCGCUCCGGGUGGAAACGUGCGUUCUCUUAAACGUGUUGUUCCGUAGUUGACGCGUACGGGCGGAUUCCGCGCAUACCAACGCCACUGAUCCAGCUUCCCCGCGAGCGGCGCAGCGGCGGUGGCGGCGGCUGCGUCCAGAUCGGGAGAGUGAUUUUUGUGAUCAUCGCUCUCGUCAAUGACACGCGCGGAAUGCGCUGAGCGAGCGCGCGAUCCCACGCUGCGCUAUACGCGCUGACAUUGUUGCGCGUAUCUUUGUACUGCUGGCCUUUAAAAAAUCGUCUAAACACGUCCCGAUAGAGGAAAGACCAUGGAUUGAUAAAAAUAAAAUAAAAUAUUGCUAAAUAUUCCAAAUGGGUAAUAAAAGCCCAUUAUGGCCCAGAGUCAUCAAUCACAACAUCAGCAUGAAUUUUUGCCCUUGUGUGAUGUACUGUUUAAUAUUAUUUCAUUAGCAUCUUAUUUCUGCGAUGUUGUCUUCGAUUUUGCAAUGGUAUAUGCCCUUGCUCAUCAAACAGUAGCAUCACCUGUAUUGUUUCCACUAAGUAUCACAUUUAUAGCUACUUCUCUGUUGAUUUCUCAAAUUGUUAGUUUGCGAUGGUACCUUUGGGGAGCUAGGGGUAAAUUAACAAAUAAUGCAUCAAGUGAUUACCAUGCAAAUUCAGUAAAUAAGAUUGGCAAAUGGACUAUAGGCUGUGUUUUAUUACUCCAUUCCACUCAAAUCGGUGUACUAUGGAGAUAUUUCAAGCUAUUUAUACCAGUCAAUUUAACUUAUGUGAAACACGAGGUGAGGGAGCUGUGUGUAUUAAGGCUGAUACACGCAUUCUGUGAAGCUGCUCCAAUGUUACUUCUACAAUUAUAUGUCUUGUUUGGCGCUACCGACGAUGGUGAAACAGAAGUCGGGAAACCAAAGGAAAACGAGAGCAAGGAUGACAGUAAAUUAGCGAAACUAACGUUAGUGUCGGCGGGGCUUUCUUUGUGGAGCGUGUGUUGGGCAGUGGCCAGUUUUAGCAAGGGUGCUGCGCGUCUACGUAAUCUGGAACGUUUAGUGCUAACAUGGUUGGGGGUACUGGCGCAAUUAUUCUGGCGUUUGGGGACAGUGAGCGCUCGUGUUGGAGUACUAGUCACGUAUGCUUCGCUGUACGGAGGACAAGGACUAUUGAUCGUAAUGGCCCUGCACUGGUUAACAAUGUUGACAUGGUUGCUACUCACACCAGACGGACUAUUCCAUGGUGGCGAGCGUCUUCCUCUUCUUAGAAAGACUUUCCUCGCUUCUCUCCUCGCCUUUGUAUAUAUAUUUGCAUAUGUUAAUCUACAUGAGACGAAUCAUCGUCAAAAAAUGAUGAUAUUUUACACUGUAAUGUUCUUGGAAAAUAGUUUACUCAUUGGCGUGUGGAUGGUCGGCGUUAGUCGCGCUGAUCUUUUAACUCGUCAGCAUCAUCUACAACCAGUUACUCUAGUACUAAUUCUUCUAGCUUUAUUUUCAGGUGGAAUAUUUUUUAUGGGUCUUUAUUAUAGAUUUUUUCAUGUAAGAAGGUUGAGGUAUGAAUCCGGUGGAAGAAUGACUGGUUCGAAUCUCACUACAUUGUCCAAUCAGGACAAUGUGGAAGAGAAGCAAAUAGAUUAUAAUGAGGAAAAAAAAGUUAACAUCAAUAUCAGCAUGAGAAAGGUAAAAUUAAGCAAUGGCGGCAUACCAGGCGUUUUCAAUUGCCGCUUCGCGAAUCCAACGGCUGUGAAUCCGAAUCGCAAAAAGAAGAAACCGACCACUUUUGUACCACCACCGCCGCCGCAAUCGCAAACAGGCACAGUAAUGAAUUCCUUGACAACGGUGACAGAUUCGAAACAAUGGCUCAAUGUGGGUAAUGGUUCGCGACAAUUAAUUCCGUUCUGGAGAAAACCUAUAUCCUCUAAUGUCAUGCAGAACGAUGGUUCCAAUGAACGCAAAGAUGAGACUGAUAUGACACUUGGUGGCUCGUUAAAUGUCACGUUAAUACGGGAAAAAUUGAAGGAGAAAAAGCAACAGCAACUACGGGAAUUGCGAGCCAUACAAGAGGAAAUCAAAGAAGGUAAAUUGUUUCCACCUCCAUCCGCUUCUACAUCCUCUUUCUCAUCCUCCCCUUCCGCGUCUAAUCAGCAACCACCACCGAACACGAAACUGCAUACCUCCCCUAGCUCUCCAUUAUUCACGUCUCCACCAUCAUUUUCUGAGCAAAAUACAUUGUCAUCUUGGCCACCUGUGAAAAUGCACUGCCUGUUACCCCCGCCACCUUCUUCCUCGUACUAUCCUAAUCCGCAUUCCUCGAAUUCGUGGAGAGCAAUGCCUCAACGAGCAGAUACACCAGAGAUAUUACUAGCGCCGCGAUGUCUUCCACAUCACUAUUCUCAUUGGUCUCCAUCUGGACAUCUUAGUCACAGAUUACACGCAAAUCAAAACGGUGCCGAAGAAAGUCCCAAAUGUGAGGGUGAAGGAGAGGCGGAAGUUAGUGAUAUGGAGGGUAGCCAAAUCUCGUUGCCUAGAAGCUACACACUUCCUCGCGAAUUUAAAUAUAAUCAUCCUAACAGUGUCGCGAAAGAACGAGAGCGUCGUCCGGGAAAUAAUAAAUUGCCACCUUCGCGCUUUUAUUUACCAUCUACUAAUAGUUCUGACGGUGAUGUAGAUAGCGCUGAUAACGAAGAUGAGACAGAUUCAGAGGUGCAAAUUCAAACGAAAACCAAUCACAUUCGUAAUCAGAAUAAAAUCUUGCAAAGGUGUCACAUGUAUGAAAAUAAUGAGAAUAAUGAUAUUGCUGAUCCUAGUUUGGAAUGCGACACAUCUAAUGUUAUGUCUAACAAUUGUUAUUCAAGUAAUUCUCAUAGCGUCUUUCGACCGAGUCAAUUGCUUAGAACACGAGUGAAACACGAAACAAAACUUUAAGUAAGUUAUAUUGUAAUAUGUAAUUGUAAAUUUUACCAUGACAUACACAUUCAGUAAUUACAAAUCUAUUUAAAAAUUAAUCUUUUCUAUUAUAUUAACAGUAUUAACAGUAAAACUGCUGAUUUCGCGAAAUGACGAUAUGUUUAAUUGUACAGUAUAUAUAAUGAUACAUACAAAUACACCAUAUGCAUACAAACAUGUGCACAAGAAUAUAUUUAAAGAGAUUUCUUUAAAGUGAGAAUAUUAAUGUUACUUGCACUAUAAUACAAUUUAAUUUAAUAUUGUUACUUUAUUACAAUAUUUUGCAUAUAUAAAAUUGUGCAAAUACGGAAUCUCGAUAUAAAUCUAGUAUUUUUAAAUACAUUUUAGGAAAAAAUAAAUAAUGAACGCGAAUUAUAAGUGCUUUAUUAUUAAAAUUAUCAUAUAUGCAGCAGAUGUUUCAUAUAAAGUAAAGUUACCUGAAUAUACUAGAAAUCAUAUUGUCUUUAUUCAUAUAUAUAAAAAGACGAUAAAUAAGUAAUAUUAAAUUUAAGAUGUUAUUUAAAGAGAUAUAUUCAUAUUUUGUACAUUUACAUUUAUACAUACAAUCUUCUCUCUAGCAAUUUUUUAUAUUGUUUUUUGUAUCUUCUCUGCAAUAUAAUUCUCUGUAAUAUAUGUAAUAUUUUGUACAAUAAAAGUUAAAUAAACUAUAA